AUGACGUCCCUCCUCUGGAACAGCGUCGAGAAACGUCUGGCAGCGGGAUAUGCGUCGAAGCAAGACAUCGUUCGGACCGAGUGGAUGAAGGCCUACCUGAAGUCGCUGGACGAGGAUGCGCCGAUCGCCCGCUGCCUGCCGGCGGUCGUCAAGGUGAAUGAACAGAAGACGGAUCCUACAGCGUUGGCACGCCUCUCCGAUGAGCAGGGAGAAACCAUCCGCAACGCCUACGCAGCCGCCCAGACGUACGACGGCGUGGAUCUGGACUCCCUGCACCAGGAGUUCAACGAUUGGGAAACGAAGCAGCGCCCCUUUCUGCUCGGAAGGAUCGAAGAGCUGCGCCAAGAGGUUGAUGUCGCCUACAAGCUGCUGAUCGGCAAGAUGGCCGACAAGAGCGACGCGCUGAGGGCCGUCAAGACGGGAGUUGAGGCACUGGAAAACGAGAAGCGCCAAGUUCUCGGGCAGUUGAAGCAGCCGACCCAGAACCUCCCGAUGAACAUGCUGGCCUACUUGCCCGUGGAAGGAGUCGAUGGGAACGGGCGUCUGGUUCAACAGGACGACCGAACGCCUGACCAGAUGGUCCAGCUUGAGGCGGCUGCGCAGAACGCGCCAUCAGAAGACCUCCGCAGCCAGCCCACGCAAAGCGACCGAGAGACAGACGCUGUA